AUGUUUGGAGAAGUUUCACAGAAAGUUGUCAACAGUUCGAGCGCAGCCAAUCUUGCAGCAGAAUCAAGGUUAUUAUUUUGUGCAACUUCCGAACAGAAGCUAAUGAUGGUUGGGAACAUUGGUCUGAACAUCUUAGGAGCCAGAUCCACCAGGUCGAUCAAACUCUCCAAAACUGAAGCCAAAGCGGUGUCUUUACCGUUCUCUAAAAGUCUUGGCAAAGAGUUGAGCAAGUUCGGCAACAGAGAACUCAAACUGGUCCAUUGA